ACAACGUCGCUGCUGCUGCAGCUGAGUUGAAGUGUUUGUCCACUCAGCCUGUCAUAAUGCGGCCUUUUGUUGUUUCUGAACAUAUAGUGCAUUAAAAUAUUCUUUCUCGACAGCUAGAUUAGUUGAAAUGAUAUGAAACUAACACGGAAACAGGUUCUGGCGAAGGCUAAGGCCUCCGACCUGGAAAGCGUGAAGAAACUGAACUGCUGGGGAUGCAACCUGACUGAUAUUUCUAUCUUCUCUCAAAUGGCCAACAUUGAGGUGCUGACACUCAGUGUCAACAGCAUCUCGUCUCUCUCUCCUCUGGCUGGCUGUCUGUCUCUAUGUGAGCUCUACCUGAGGAAGAACAAGAUCCCCUCUCUCUCUGAGCUGUCUCUCCUGCGUCCAUUAACACGUCUCAGAGUGCUCUGGCUGGCUGAGAACCCAUGUUGUGGUACCGACUCCAGCCGGUAUCGCCUCACCGUGCUGCGCUGCCUGCCUCGCCUCCAGAAGCUCGACAACCAAGUAGUGACUGAAGAUGAGCUUGCACUUGCUCUCAUGGAGGGCGAAGAGGUCACCACCCCUCCAGGCAGCAUUCAUAACCAGCUUUCUUCCAACGGACUUCCAGAUGCAGAGACAGAGAACGACCCGCUUAACUACAACAUGGAGGAGACCAACAAAAUCAGGGAAGAGUUGGGGAUGAAACUCCUCUCCAGAGACAAGUUCCCCUCUCUUUCUUCUCCGUCAACCAGAGAAAACAAACCAGCAAUCAAAAAGACACACACUCUCGAUGCAGUUCUGAUGCUGCUGAAGGAUUUGGAUGAAGAGGAGCUUCACAUUGUACACACAGCUACUCAAAACAUACUCCAGACUUACACACUGGACUCGGAAAUGCUAAUGGAUUCACUGCAGACGCAGAAAACCGUCGACAUCCAACACUGAAACAUUUCAUAGCAUGCACUCAGGGCCAAACCUCUCCCUCCCUCUUUCCCUAUUUAACCAAAAACAACCCCUUUUUUCUACCCGUUACCUUCUGAUUGCAAUACGCAUGGCAUGUUUACUGACAUCUCUCCCUUUUGCUACAGUUUUCACAUGUGGAGGAGUGAUGAAUAACUUCCCCGGCUAUCUUUGUUUUUUUUACAGCAGCACGCCUUGUACAAGCAAAAGAAUGUAACAAACAAAAGAAUGAACAUUUUGCUAAAUGUAAAUCUAUUUCUGUAAUUAAAGAGAUGAAAUUGCACUAACUUA